GCAGCGAGCGAGCGGGUGGGCGAUGGCGAUGGCGGCCGGAGACGGAGCCGGACAGGGACAGGGAGAGGGAGAGGCUCUGGCGGCGCUGCUCGGCGGCCUGGCUCAGAUCACGUACUUUCACAACCCCGCUGUCACCGAGCAGCAGCUCAAGGCCGAGCUCUACAACCACCUCUCGCAGCACGAGUUCACACUUCUGCUGGAGAAGAUGACGGGAAUCCUGCGGUUGCUCCUCUGACUAUCUUCAGUGGUUACAGAGCAGAAAGUUUGAGGCAGCUGCUUCCACUGGUGAAUCUUCAGAUAUCAUUGUCAAUAACGUCUGCAGACAUGGACUUUAACCAGCUAGAAGCCUUCUUAACAGCGCAGACCAAGAAACAAAAAGGAAUUACACCAGAUCAAGCUGUAGUUUUAACCAAAUUCUGGAAAAGUCAUAAAGAUAAAAUCCGUGAAUGCCUUAUAAAUCAGAGCAAGUGGGAAAACUGCUUGAGAAAAUUCAGCUGGAGAGUUGACUUGAAGACUCAGUCCAGACACUUGGAUCAAAUUAACACACCAGUUGCUCUCGUGGAGUUGGAACUUGGAAAGAAUGAUCAGGAAACAGAAUUUCUCUGCUUGGAGCUAAAUGAGAACAAAGUGAAUCAACUGCUGAAAAAAUUAACAGAGAUUGAAGAGAGCAUCACUGCGCUGAGCGGCACCAACUGAUGUGGCUGGAGAUGAUGAAAGAGAACAGAUGGCAGUGUCAAUACACAACUGGAACACUAACUAUCCCCAUGGUUUAUGUAAUGCCGGCAUUGCCUGCUUUGUUUGCAAGUGAGUGCGAUUCUGCAUUUACUUUGCACGACUUUCAUCUAUAUCCACUUCCAAAAUAACAAUCAAUCCACAUUAACUCCUCACCAUCUGCUGUUUUUUCUUCUACAACCCCUGUACCGGAUGUGAUUUUGCUUCUUAUCCCCCACACUUUUCAAAAAUCAUGGUUGCAAACUUAUUUAGAAUAAAAAAUUUCAAUUUGAAAUUAAGUUUUCCUGUCCUUAGUUGUUGCAUAUAAUCAGAAAUGUUCUUUGGAUCAAAGUCCCCAACUUUGAUUUGAAAUCUAGAUGACAAGAAUUCUCAUUCAGAAUAUUUCGAAGUGUUUCAUGACAAUUAUAUGAGUUUGUCCAAGACUGGACUUCUGAGCUGAAUCGAUGCGUACUGAUCCAUGUAAAUGUCAUUGGGCUGUGGCUCUGGCACAAGAUGUGGCUUCCUCAGGGAAGCCCUGCAAGUAUCGCUGUCAUGUCUGAAGUUGAACAUUUCAACAAUAAGAAGUUGUAGGUUGAAGUUUAAAAAGAGAAUCAGGUAACCAGUAGAGAAAUACACUUCAUUUAUGAUAGAAAAAUGCAGAAAUUAUUUUAUUAAAAAAAUAUGAUCCUCAUGGAUUCCCAUCAAAAUGUGUUUCAAUAGCUCGUAUUCAUAGUAUAUCAAUUACUCUGCCAUUCAUUAAAAAUGCAUGAUGUUGAUCAUUGUAUUCCUUAUCAUGUCAACUUAAUUAACCAUUUCAUAAUUAAAAUCAUAUUUUGCAAUGUAUGGUAAACUUUAUUCGCCUACAGAUAUGCUAUGUAAAAGCUGUAAUUAAAUAUGACGCCAAAUAUGGUUUUCUGAUUAGUUUUUUAUCUUGUACAGUUAUCGAUUCUCUGGAAUUCGGUUUGAUACCAAGAGUAUUCAGAAAAUAAGCAAAAAUAAUUUUCAAACAGAAGGAAUGAGUUAUAUUCUGGAGUGCUUGUUGUAAAUUAGAUGUGUGCAUGACGAGUCUGUCAUUCACAUUUUUGGCAUCUCAUUUAAUUGAAUAAAAAGUAUUGAAUUGUAA